AUGCAAGAGGAAGUCAUUAGCUUCGAGGUAGCUAAUCACAAGAUCUCGAUCAACAAGCCCAAUUUCUGCAAGCUGCUAGGGCUUGUACCAUCUAAAGUGGUCAUAAAACCAAAUUCGAUACCAGACACUAGCUUGAUUGAGAUGUUUUACCAAAUGGGAUAUACCGGCGACAUAUCCCUUCUCUUGAAGUUCAAAAAAUCCUUUUUGCCGCCGAUAUGGAAUAGCCUCUUCACUAUUUUGUUCAAAAGCCUGUCAGAACGUGUCGCAGGUUCUAAUAGUGCCAGCAAUAUGUUCUACAAUCUUCUCUUUGGGCUCUUCAAUGGAGUCAAUUUGGAUUUCGGUUUCGUAAUUUGGGCUCAGUUAUUACAAAGCAUCAUUCGACCACUCGACACACAAAAAUUCCGUGUGCUUGUGUCUAGUCGAUCGUGGUCAAAAAAUAUUUGA